AUAGUAAAACUUACUUGAUGUAAGCUUUCUUCAUCUUCAUUAGUUGUCUCAGUGGAGGGACAUAUGCUUUCCUGUAAACUUUCACUAGAGUAUAGGAGGCAAACCAAUGUUGCAGUUAACGUGCCGUUAUUGCAAGGUGUUAUAGUGUAGUAGUAUGUGGAUUUAAUGUUGUUGGAUCUUCCUACCUUUUUAUUGGUUGGAUUGUAGCGCCACCAUCUAAUUCGCCGCAAGUAAUUUCUGAAUCCCGUGUGAUUGAUCGUCCCGCGGUGUCCUGCCGGUGUCCUUGGGCAAUCCAAAGCAGCUUCUCCAUCAACUGCAAUUUCUCUGAAGCAGAGCGGUUCGCAAUGGCAGCCAGAAGAGUUGUGGUGUUCCCAUCCUCAGCCGAGCUCGGCCCAGUGCUGGCUGAGCUCGUGUCAUCUCGGGCAGGGAAGGCCAUUGCGUCGCGUGGUCGCUUCACCCUGGGUCUCUCAGGUGGCAGCCUGGUGUCCAUGCUGAGCAAGGAGCUGCCCGCUCUGCCCAACCUGGACUGCAGCAAGUGGGUGGUCGGGUUUUGUGAUGAGCGGCUGGUCCCUUCCAAUGACCCAGAGAGCACCUAUGGGCUUUACAAGAAUCAACUGUUCACCAAGAUCAACAUCCCAGAGACUGCGAUCCUGUCCAUCGACUCUUCGCUGCCAGUGAAUGAGUGUGCGGAGGAUUAUGCUCGUAAACUGAAGGAGCAGGUGUUCCCCGGAAACGACAAGCCCGUGUUUGACAUGCUGCUGCUGGGAAUGGGCCCAGACGGCCACACCUGCUCCCUCUUCCCAGGCCAUCCUCUUCUGGAGGAAACUGCGAGGAUCGUGGCCCCCAUCAGCGACUCCCCCAAGCCCCCCCCACAACGCGUCACCAUGACCCUUCCCGUGGUGAACUCGGCGCGCUGUGUGGUGUUCGUGUCGACGGGUGGCAGCAAGGCGCCCGUGUUGAAGGAAGUGCUGGAGGGGCGGGAAGGCCCAGCGUUCCCCGCAGCCCGGGUUUUGCCAACUGAAGGAGAGCUCUUCUGGCUCAUCGAUGGCCCGGCUGCUGCUGACCUGACGAUCACCGUAGAGAAGCCUGGAUCAGGCGCACGGCUUUAGGGUUUGCUCCUUUGCUACCUGGAGGACUGAGACAGAAUGUACAUUUUGUUAAAUAUGCAAGUUGUAACAAACAAAGGGUCAAAGUCCGUCUCUAGGAGAGAAUGUGUGUGUGUGUGUGUGUGUGUGUGUGUGUGUGUGUGUGUGUGUGUGUGUGUGUGUGUGUGUGUGUGUGUGUGUGUGUGUGUGUGUGUGUGUGUGUGUGUGUGUGUGUGUGAUCUAAUCAUUUGGUCGAAAGCUGGUCUGAACUGAAAAAAAUCAUUAAAAGUUUUGAAGAACGUG